GAAAAAAAGAAAAAGAGAAAAAAGGAAAAAAAAUCAUCCAUUUUGUCCGAAAAGAAAAAGUGGUGAGAAUAAAAUUAGUAUCGGCCUAAAAAGACUGGUUUUGCUUAGUAGAAAGUUAGACAAUUAGACACAAAUACAAGGAACCUCAUCAUUUCAAUUUCCCCAUUCUUUUGAAAAAUCAAAGAAAAAAAUAUAUGGGAAAAAUAAAACCCACAAAUUUCAAUAGAAUGGAGGGUGAAGUGAAGGACCGAAGUCAGUUGCUCGAGGAAGAAAAAGGGGAAAUAAAAAUGGGAAGCAACCAAAGGGAACACUCAAUUCAAACAUCUGAAUUCUAAAAUGGGAAGAAAGUAACUCAGAGAAUUAGAGAUUGCAAGAAAAUCUGAGUCAAUCAGUCAAACUUUUUAUAACCCAAUAAACGCAAACUGUCCAGAACGAUGCCAAACUUUAUUAUUCAAAUUGCAAAAUACCCACUUUGCCUAUUUCUCUCUCUUUUUGAAUAUAAAAUAUAUAAACUAUAUGGAGCUGGAGAUUACGGGGGAGGAAACAGGCUGAAAAAAGGAAGAAACUGGAAGGUAGUUCAUGGAAAAUUCGUGUCUUUAAGGGGCAGAGGGAAGGGGGGAGGGCUAAGGGGGCAUUAGCCCUAGCCUCUUUUUUUUUUUAUUUUUUACCUGUUUUAUGUAAUUCUUCUCUUUUCCUUUUUGGUAAUUUUAUUCCUUUCUCUUUUACAUAUUUCUCAAAGCGUAAAAUUUUAUUUUUAAUAAAUUUAUUUUUCCUUUUCUCUUCCUUUCUGCCAAUUAAACAAUGAAAAUGGCAUAUUACCAAUCAUCCUUUCCCCUCUGUAGGAAACACCAUCAUUGCUCCCAACAAUCUUUUUCAACCUUAGAAACCUGAGCUUCUAAGAUAUUCUUUCCCUUCCCUUCUAUCUCUUUUCAUCCUCCUUCCUAUUCCCUUAUGCCUCUUGCUUCUCCAUUUAAAUAUCCCUUCUCCAGUUCUCCUGAUAACCUUUUCUCCUCCCCUUCAACUCUUAAAACACAACCCCCUUCUUUUUUAAGCAAUGGAUCCAUCUUCUACAAGCUCUGUUAAUGGAUUCUACACCUUCCUUACUCGUGGCAUAGAUGAUCUUGAACGUGUCUAUCUCUCUAAUAAUUUCAUGUCAAUCCAAUUCCUUCAAAGGGUUCUUUCCCUUCUCCGAUCCUUCCAUUCCCAGCUACUCCUCCUCGUCCAAAAACUCCAUCUUCCUGUGGGUGAUAAGUGGCUUGAUGAAUACAUGGAUGAAAGUUCCAAACUUUGGGAAGCUUGUCAUGUCCUUAAAUCAGGCAUCUCCGGCAUGGAAAAUUAUUACUCUGCUGGAUUUAAUAUCACUUCUUCUCUAGAUAAUCAUCGCCAUCUUAGUCCUCAGCUUUCCAGACAGGUCAUCCGGGCAAUUUCAGUGUGCCGAAGAGAAGCUGUGGGAUUAGAAGAAGAGAACAGGGCGUUGAUGGAAACAAGAAUCCAACCACUUUCAUUAAGGUUUGACGAGAAGGUUUCUAUCGAAUCAAAGCUUAAUGGAUUCAAUGGUUUCCGAGGAGUUUUAUAUGCAAUGAGGAAUGUCAGCUCAUUGCUUUUAAUGAUCUUACUGUACGGGCUGGUUUAUUGCUGGCCAGAAUCAAGUUUCCUAAGAGGAGGUUACGAAGGUUGCCUGUUCUUUGGAUCAGCUUUCAUGAUCUCAACAGCAAGAUUGCAGCAAAGAGUGGCAGCAGAGAUCAACCAGAUCAAUGGGAGGCCAGGGAUAUUGCUUUAUGAGUUUAGGAGAUCAAAGUUGGCGAUGGAAGAGCUGAGAGGGGAACUGGAGAGGAGGUGUGGACAAGGAGGGGUGCAGGAGUGGGAAGCAGAGGUGGGGAUAAGGGAAAGAGUUGAGAAUUUGAAAGGGUGUUUUGCGGCCUUGAGAUCUGGUGCUGAGAAUAUUGUUGGCCAACUUGAUGAUUUCUUUGAUGAGAUUGUUGAAGGGAGGAAGAAGCUUUUGGACUUUUGCAGUCAUAGGUAGAGAGUGUAGGAUGGUUGAUUAAAAAAAAAAAAAAACAAAUACUAGGUGGAGGAAUCAGUUGUUGGGGUUGUUGUGCCUUUUAACCCUUCUCUUCCUUCUAAUUUUCCUUUUUUUUUCUUAUAAAUUUUUUUCUUCACGCAUUUAUUGUUUCUACUGUAGAGAUGUAGUUUGUUUUCCCCAAAAUCCAGAGAUAAAAAUAUGCAGGAGAUGUGGGGGAUGUCUGGGCUUCACAUUCUUAAAAACAUAAACAAUGAAAAAAAAAAGGAUACAAGAAAAGAAGGGUUAGAAGUAAUUUUCAUGCAAGGCAAACCGGCCUCCAUUUCCUCUGUUGUUUUUACCCUACAAGGAAAAAACAGGAGCAUAGAAACUUCUUAUGUGUUUUUUUUAUUUUUUUUAAUUGGGGAGAGUAUCAGAGUCAAAUCCUGGGUAGUAGUUAAAAUAUUUAGUAGGUAUUGUUAUUUUAUUUUGAAAGGGGCUUCCCUCUUGAUCCGGUGGUAUGUAUAUGAUAUAUGUAGUUGUUAUAGUAAAUAACUAAUCAUUUUGGGAGAAAAAAGAUGGAAAAGGGGGGAGAGGGGAGGACUGAGAGGUUCCUAGGUAGGCUUUAAUUUCAAAAGCAGGAGGCAGGCAGGCAGCAGCAGCUUCUUUGCGCUGAGGAAGCUUUUGUCUGAUUCGGGUUUCAACUUUGAAAGCGAUGGAGUUCGAUGAUGAAAGCUUCUAACCACAUCCCCUCUUCCUGACAAGUCUCUUCUCAUUGUCUCACAAUUUCUUUUUCCAAAGUUAAAUUUUACUCUGUUGCCAAAUUUCUUUCUUUAUCUUGCCCUUUCUUUGGAGGUCUGUGGAAUUGUGAACUAAAGAAAAGAAUGGGAGGGGUCACUUUCCCACUUGUAACCGUAUCUCAUGCUUUUUGUCCCUGCCGGAAAUUCAUGCCUUGCCUCCCUUCGAGGGUUCCAUAAGAGGAGGCUGAAUAAUUUUUUUUAAUAAAAAAACAAAUAUAAAAUAAUGGGGGGAACAUAAGUUAGAGAAAAAUCAAAGUAGUGAAUAAAUAAAAAGCUAGCGAUGCUUGCACGAAGUUCUGGCAGCAGUCGGCUGCAGAAAAACUAUGUUUCAAAACUGUGGUAAUGGGCUACGUACCGAGCAAAGAUCAUUACCCGUUCAACAACAUGCCAAGCCCCACAUUAUCACCCCAAAUCACGUCCUUCAUUUUACUUUAUUUUUUUUUAAGUUCUCAGUUUAAAAAAAAAGAAAAAGAAAAGUUACAAAUUAAGUAAAUCAAACUUCAGAUUCAAAGUUUACAGCUUUUGUUUUCUCUUAACUCGCGGGACAAUAAAAUUAGA